AUGUCUAGGCGGGCUCACUGCCGCAGGGUGGCCACCGAGCAGCCUGGGCGCCUCGCCGAGGCGAGCUUGGCCCAGAUGGCGGACUUCCUCGGCGCACAGGAGGGGGAGAGCGCCGUCGACCCGAAAGGCGCGAUCGUGCUACGGUGGCUCCUCACGGUGUACCUCCCGCAACACCCCGUGCGGGAGAUCGGCGUGCCCGCGCGCCGCGAUUUGUGGGCGUUCGCCGAGGCGCUCGACCUCUUGCAGGGGCGCUCGGCGGCGGUGGCGGACCUGCUCGCGCAGCGGUUCAAGGCGCUCCAGGUCGCGCUCCACGACGGGAACUGGUCGGGGGCGAAGUGGCUGGAGCUCACCCCGCCGCGCGACGAGCCCACCGCGCUGCGGGGCGAGGAGGCGGAGGAGCUGAUCAGGGGCAUCCAGGCGGGCGAGCUCAAGUUGGACGAGCUGACCGCCAAGCUGCGCAAGCCGGGCUUGGGGUCUGGCCGGGGCGAAGGGGAUUCGCACGUCGCCCCGCCCGAGGUGCCGUUGUCGCGCGUGGCCCAGACUCCCCCCGCUUGCGGUGAAAGCGGCGAAGGUGUAGCAGCGCCGAGCGCCGCCAGCGGGGGGCAGCAUCAUGGCGCGGGGGCGGGCGACGCGCUGCCGCCGCUGGAGCUGGGCGCCGCCCUGGCCGAGACGGUCGCGCCGCGGGCCGGCGCUGUCGGGGCUGAGGCGGCACUGCCUGAGUCGCUGCCGCUGAGCGAGGUGUCGGAGAGCAUGACGGCGUGGCGCAGGAGGUCGCCCGCCGAGUCUGGUCGGCCCAUGUGGCGGGUCGACCUGGCAAUCAAGCUCGCGAGGUUCGCGCAGCUGCAUCCUGGCAGCCUGGGUCGUCUCGCAGGGCAGGCGCUCCCAUUCGAGAGGAGUGGCGCGAAGGCCCGAGUCCAGGACCUGCGGCCGCUGCCUCUCCCGCCCCUCGAGGAGGCGUGGACCUACAUGAGUGUGCUGGGCCUCAACCACAUGCACUGCAGGGUCGCUCGGGAAUCGUUCCGACUCGGAGCGACGCUGACGCUGGCGCAGGAGACGGCCACGCGGCACAUUCGCUCACAGGCGGCGAAGGUUGCCCAGCAGCCUUUCGAGACCGCGGCCGUCGUUUCUUUGAGCGACGCGGUCGCGACCUCGUCAGUGGACUACAGCGGGGAGCCCAUGAUGCGUGCUCCCCCCUGCGCCUAUGCGGAGCUGGCCCCUGGCCUGCCGAAGAGGGAGCACGCGGCGACCUUGAGUGUGAUCGACUUCGUUGACGACGAGGUGGCGCGUUGGCUGGCCGACCCCACGCUGGCGCUCAAGGCGGAGGCGGACUUCCCUGACCCCCUUCCGAAGGCGCGGGCCAACGUCGGCUCGCAGUUCGAGUGGGAGGCCCUGGCGAUGCACCUCGUGGACCUCGGGAUCUUCACCGUGCUUCCCGCCGAGGAGCUGGUCCGCGUCCGCGGCGAGCCUCUGCUGAACGGGCUCUUCGCUGUGGAGAAGACGGGCGCGCCCGGGCCCGGGGCCAGUCGCGUCGCGAGGCUCAUCCUGAACAUGGUGCCUGGCAACGCGCCCAUCGAGCCCCUCAUAGGGGGGGCGGCCAUGCUUGCUGGAUCCACGGUGUGGGUUUCGCUUCACGUCCCCGGGGGGAAGCUGCUCCUUUGGUCGGGCGACGACCAGAAGGGGGCCUUCUUCGCGUGGCGCGUGCCCCGUGCACGGCACCGCCGCGCGGCGGUGGGGCGGCCGCUGGCGGGCUCGCUCUUCGGACGGCAGGGGCCUGAGGUGUACCUCGCGUCGGCGGUGAUCGCGAUGGGCUGGUCUCUGGCGGUCCCACUGCACCGGCGCAUCCACAGGCGUCUGCGCCGCCUGCCACCGCCGCUGGGCGCGGGGCUGCCCCCGCAGGCGGAGUGGCGCAAGGAUGCGCCGCGGCCCGCCGUCGCCGCUACAGAGGAGGGAGACCCAGCGUGGUGGCAGGUCUACAUCGACGACUUCGACGCGCCCGAGAUCGUGGAGGAGGUUCGCGCCUGGCGCCUGGUAGGCUCGCUGGCGGAGAUGCGGGUCAGAGCGCGAGCCAGCUAUGACAGGGCUGGCGUCGCCUACCCGGCGGAGAAGGCUCACUGCAGGCAGCUUCGGGUCGAGCGCAUGGGGGCCGACGUCGACGGCGAGUCCGGCCGCCUGGCCGCGCCCAUGGCCAAGUCGCUCGAGGCGAUCGCGCUGCGCCUGGCCUCCUUCAGGCUCGAGGCCGUGCCGUGGCGGCCUGCGAUGACGAUCCUCGGGCGCUUCGCUAGGCUCUUCGAGUUCCGAAGGCCCCUCUUCAGCGUGCUCAACGAGGUGUGGAGGCUGAGCUCGCUGCGCGGCAGCGCGAGGUUGUCGUCGGCGAUGGUCGAGGAGCUGCUGACCGCCAUGUUGGUGAUGCCGAUGGCCGCGACCUCGCUGCGGGCCAAGAUCGAGGGCACGGCCACGGUCUCGGACGCGCCCGAGUUCGGCGGGGGCGCGCGCGCGUCGGCGGGCCCCCGAGCCGAGGCGGAGGCCAGCCUCGACGGCGCUCCGACGCUGGACGAGCAGAUGCACCUGGGGGCUCGCCUGCUGCAGCUGCUCGCCGAGCCCUCAGAGCCCUGGACGGUCGCCAACUCCUUCAUCCUGCGGGCCGCGGUUCUUAGGGCGCCAAAGACGGACGCCAAGGCGCGCAGGGUGGCGCGCCUGCGCUGGCCAGGCGCGAUCGACUGGGGCGACGUGGCGCGCGUGGCGGCCGCUGUCGUGAACGAGCUGCGGGACGCCUACUGCGACGAGGUCGACCUCUGCGCGGCGGCCGCGGGCAGCCCCUGUCAGGACCCGGCCAGGCAGAACGCGUCGGGCGCGGGCUUGCGCGGCGCGAAGUCCGGCUUGUUCUGCGAGGUGCCCCGCUUGCUGGAGCUCCUCAAGGCGGCGUUCGGUCACAAGCCGGAGUGGUUCGUCGAGAACGUCGCGACCAUGACGGCGGACAACCGGGCUGAGAUCAGCAGAGCCCUCGGCGUCGAGCCCUUCCUGGUGCGCUCGUCCGUCCUCGUGCCCUGCCGACGUCCCAGGCUGUACUGGAUGAGCUAG